AACGCGAAAAAGUGACGCAUAGAGGUAAAAAACAAAUUUACCCCUAGGUAAUUUUGGAAAGUCCCUUUUAUAAAUAACACUUUUUUCUAAGAAUUACUUUUACUCAAAGUCAAUUAUAUGCAAAUCUACCUGUGCAACAUGGAUUUCCUUAUAAGGGCGCAGGGCAAGUUAUUCGGUCACUUUGUCUCAGCGCUUCAUUGGUAUACUUUCAGUUAAUUUUGUGACGUUUUGAGUGGUAGUAAUUUUUGAAGAAAAUAUGGAUUUCAAGGUUUUAGGUAAGUAUUAUCAUAUGUAUAUAACAGUUUUUCAAUUGAUGUCUUGAUUGCCAGUUAACAUUAUGAGAAAGUAUAUCAUGAAUUUUGACGAUUUUGAGGUUUUGAACUAUAAUAAGUCUUGAUGCCCGCCUACGCCCGCUUUGAAUGUUGAUCGUAAAAAUAGUUUAAAGUAUUACGUAUUUCGUGGUGUAUGAUUUAGACCCGCCACGAUCCGCCUGUCGAAAAUAUUUUGCAUUUUAUCACCACAUCUCCGUAAAACACGCAAUUAUUAAGUAAAUAAGGCUUACUAAAUUUUGAAGCCGGCUUAAGCCCACUUUGGUUAUUGAUUGUAAAUAUAGUUUUAAGUAUUACCUUAUCCGUGGUGAAUGAUUUAAAACCACCUCGAUCCAACUUUCGAAAAUAUUAUGCAUUUUAUCACCACAUCUCCGUAAAAAACGAAACUAUUUAAAACUAACAACUACAUAUUUCUUAAAAGGCUCAUUAAUUUUUUGGUAAUAAUAUGUUUCAGAUCAUAUUCUGUAUACCCAAUAACUUUUUUUAUGCGAUUGUUUUUGUUCAUUUAUUUGUUUAUUAUUUAUUACAGCUGAAAUCACGCGUAUAGAUCUAUGCAAUAAAUUUCUUAAGGGUGGUUUUAGCAAUAGAACCGAAACGGAGGUAUUUAACGAAAUACUAACAUACAUGAACGGGCGUGGCUUUACUCCAAACGAAACCCAAAUAAAAUCUUUUUUAAAGAAAUGGGCAGAAAAAUGGAGAAAAUCUGGACAUUCUUGGGAAAAAUUUAUUAUUAAAAAUCAAAAUUGGUUAGAUGACAAACCAUUUAAGAAGUUAUCUGAUGAGAGUGUGUCAGAAGCUGGACCUUCAAAACGAAAAUGUUUUGCAGAUUUGUCAACUUCUCAAAAAAAUAGAGCAACCAAAGGUAAUCGUUCAGCACGUGUGGGAUAUAAUGUGACUAUAAACUUAACUUUUAGAAAUAAGAGAUAGUUACACAUCUGAAGAAUUAUCAUAUGCAGCUACAUCUGCACUUAGGCAAGCACACAAAAUAGAUGCAGCAAAAGCUGUAAAAAUGGCUACUCUAGUCCCCGAAGACGUAUUGUCUGCCGUAGGGCGCAGUGUUCCUGAACCAUUUACCCCAGAAGAAGCAAUAGCUUUAUUUAUUAUAAAUGGUAAACAAACAAAGGCUCAGUAUCAAAAUAUGCGUUCAGCAGCCUUGUGGAAAAAAGUUGAUAUUUAUCCAACAUACCACGAGAUACUAAAAGCCAAAAAAGAAAGCUAUCCUAUUUUAAAUCCAGAGUAUUUUUCGGAAAUGGAGGCAAAGGUAUCUCUUCAACAUCUGGUGGAUAGAACAGCCGAAAGAAUUUUAAAAAAUAUACCCAUAGAAAAUUGCCCAAACAAGUUAAACAUAACGUUUAAAUGGGGUAUGGAUGGCAGCAGUGGUCAUCCUGAGUUUAAACAAAGGUUUAUUAACCCUGAAAAUUCGGAUGCCACCGUAAUGUGUACGCACGCAUUACCCUUAUUCAUAGAAGGUGAUAAAAUUUUAGUUUGGAAUAAUGAAUCUCCUAAUUCGUCAAGUCUAUGUAGGCCAAUACGGAUGGCAUUCUGUAAAGAGGACCAAAAUUCUAUAAUGGCAGAAUACACGAGGAUGCUGAAAGAAAUAGAUAAUUUAAGACCAUCAAAAAUUAAGAUGUCAGAGACAUAUGAGGUGGAAAUGACCCAUACUUUUCUAUUCACCAUAAUAAAUGGAAAAGUUAUCAACGCUAUCAUUAAAAAUCCCGCUACUUCGAUAAAGAUGUCCAGUGUGUUUAGCUGGGCCAAAAGAUUUGAAUAA